CACAACAUUUACAUUUCUCUCUCCAGUAUGGCUUCUACUCACAAUGAGUUUUAUGCACUUAUGCUAGUGGUGGUGGUUGGCUCCAUGGUGGCUUCCUGUGGUGCUAACUUCAACCAAGACUUUGAUCUAACAUGGGGUGAUCACCGUGCUAAGAUAUUCAAUGGUGGUCAGCUUCUAUCUCUUUCUCUGGACAAAGUCUCUGGCUCCGGCUUCCAAUCCAAGAAAGAGUACCUAUUUGGGAGGAUCGAUAUGCAACUCAAGCUCGUUGCUGGCAACUCUGCCGGCACUGUCACUGCUUACUACUUGUCGUCUCAAGGGCCAACUCAUGAUGAGAUUGAUUUUGAAUUCUUGGGAAACGUGAGCGGUGACCCUUACAUUCUCCACACAAACGUGUUUACCAAAGGCCAAGGGAACAGAGAGCAACAGUUCUAUCUCUGGUUCGACCCCACCAGAAACUUCCACACUUACUCCAUCAUCUGGAAGCCUCAACACAUCAUAUUCUUGGUCGAUAACAUUCCCAUAAGGGUGUUCAAGAAUGCUGAGACUAUUGGCGUUCCUUUCCCGAAGAACCAACCCAUGAGAAUCUAUUCUAGCUUGUGGAACGCUGAUGACUGGGCCACCAGAGGUGGUUUGGUGAAAACUGAUUGGUCAAAAGCACCCUUUACAGCAUACUACCGCAAUUUCAAAGCCACAGAGUUCUCCACCUCUUCUUCCAAUUCCUUCUCUGAUGCUGCAUGGCAGAGCAACGAGCUUGAUGCCUAUGGCAGAAGAAGACUGAGAUGGGCUCAGAAGUACUUCAUGAUCUAUAACUACUGCAACGAUCUUAAGCGAUUCCCACAAGGCAUUCCCGCUGAGUGCAGGCGCUGAGAAAUACUAUGUUAUAUUAUUAUGUGUCAGUCGGUCUUAUGAUUCUUUAAUUUUAUGUCUUCCUCGGAGCUAUUUUUCGUUUCUCUAAGUUUCUCCUUUAUUCAUCAUCAAAAUAAAUCAAUUAAAUUCGUUGUACCACUUUCUUAUCAGUUUUAUGGUGAGUUUUCACGUCGUGGAGUCAAUGAUCAUUUUAAAAAUAUGUUUUCUGGCCGUAUAAUAAAAAGUUGUAGUUGCACUGUAA